AUGACAACGACUUCCUCAUACAAGCCUUUGCGGCCCAGCGAGCCUCCUUCGCGCCACUCACUCGGCGCUCCAUCUUCAUCUCGACUCAGGAGCAGUGCGGACCCCACUCUUGGACCUCAUCUGGCCACUCCCAGUCGUGCGAAGCUCAAGCAUGCCGCCACCACUCCAUCAACAUCAGCGGCAGCCGCGCGAACUGACUCGUCAACAAAUGAGGCGCACGCCUGCCACCACUGCCAUCUUCUCGAUACGCGUUUCUACUGCGAUCCGUGCCUCGCUUCCAGGAUCGAAGCGCACCACACUGAGAUGCGAAGGCUCUCCCUCGCCCGGGACAAAGCGAAAGCCUCUACCAGCGCUCUUCUCUUUGAUCGCAACGACGAUUUCGCAGCACCCUUGUCCGUCCCGCAGUCUCUGCCAAUACACACCAUCAACGAAGACGAGCUCCCGGAUCCAUUUGACACACACGCUGCCGAGCCAUCGACGUCUUCCGAGGCAUCACACGACCGGCUGCUUGUGUAUUCCUUGAUACAGCUGCGCGCCAAACGAGCGGACAUCAUCUCACGUGUUCAGACCAUUCAUCAAUGCAUAUCCGAGUCACAGCAUGCCCAUCUCCAAGGCAAACAGGCUCUCAAAGAGAAGAGAGCUCAACUCGCUCUGCGCAAACAGAACCUUGCAAAAGCUUGGUCCGGUCUCGAGGGGUCGUCGGCAGCCGCGUCCAGCUCCGCAUCACAACGCUCUCGACUCGCAGCAAAGUCGCAUUGGCUCGCUCGUCCGACAGCUGAUCACAACGACGUUCCAUCCACUCAGACGGACGUCUACACCCAUUACGAGCGCCAGCCGGAUCAUCUUGGCAGCGCCGCCAUCGUCUCAAUCGAACCGGAUGAUCAUCAGCUGGGCGCAAGCCUCACUCGCGCUCGACUUCAUCUCAGCGCUCUUCAGGACGAGGCUCUGACUGUCUCUGCCGAGCUAGCUGCGGCCCGAGCCGCCCUUGCACGUCAAGCCUUCAAGCUCUUUUCCGUGUCAUCUCCCGACGCGACUACGAACAGAUCGGCGACGGCGAUGAACCGAAGUCCACCGGUGGACCUCUCUGCCAGCAGCUCGGUCGUGCAGCGCAUCAGCCGACUCUCCGAAAGGUAUAUCCCAGGUGCGUUUGGGCUAGGUCAAAGCAAUCUGCUCUCCUCACCGCCCAGCGCUCGGGGCUCGAUCCAAGACAAGGGCCCUCCGGUCCGACAAACCAUGUCCAAAGGCACUUCCUCAGCAACGCCUUCGUCGUCCAGCGAUUGGUCGGUCGCGUCUCUUCCACUACCUCUGCCUAGCGAGGCACGACGAUACCCGCGCGAAACAGUCAAUGGUGCGGUCACGUGUGCUGCCAACCUACUCCAACUCGUGGCCGGAUACCUCGGCGUUGCUUUGCCCUUCUCCCUAGAGCAGCAUAAGGGUCGGUUCGCUAUCCGACCCGAUCCGCUCUGGGACGGCGGCGGAGGCUCCAGCGCCAAGACUCUCUACAUCGGGACGAGUGCCUAUACCCACCUCACCGCAUCUCACACCGCAGCAGCAAACAGGCAGUCGAAGCUCAACAAUCUCGCAGAGUCUACCUACGGCCUUGGAGCGUCGACAUUGUCCACCAUCGAGUCGUAUAUCCAUUUGCCUGCCGGAGCCAACCUGCCGUGGGGCUUGUCAUCGACGACAGCUCCUCCCACUAAAGUGGGAUCCGAUUCACCUGACACAGACGCCGAUGCUGAGCAUAGCCGUCGUUCAGAAUCAGAAGCGCGGACGCCUUCGAAGUCCAAGUCGGAGCAAGCUGCCAAGUCUUUUGUCUCGGCUCUCGUCAUGUUUUCCUACAACGUUGCCUACCUUGCCGCGAAGCAAGGUGUCAAGCUUGACCUCGUGGCAGCCGCAGCCAACCCACUCGACCUCUUGAGCAGAACAUUGCGCCAAUCCGAGCUAGGACGUCUCGCGCAUGCAAAUCACAUUCGUCCGUCGAGCAUUCAAGAUCUCAGCUUACCCUCUUUAGACUACGAGCAGCUUGCCCAGAUCUUGGAGCCCAACAAUGCAGCAGCCGACAGCUACAAGCGUGGCACCUCCAAGCUCAGUAAGAACGACUCGGAAAAGAAGGAUGCGGCCCGUCAGAUUACAGCGAGAUCGAGCAAGCAGCCCGCGAUCCUCGAGCAAAGCUACAUCGAUGCUGGCGAGGCAGCAGCCUCGGUACUCGACAUCAAGGAUCCGUCUUCGCUGAUUCGCAAGCCGUCGUCGCAGCCUUCUUCCGCUCAGAAAGCCUUGCGAACGACCGCAAAGGACGCCGGGACGACUACGAGUAAGCUAAGCUCGCGCUCCGAGGCCGUCAGUAGCGUGCAGAAGCAGCGCGUCGCCGUAGACACCCGAGGUGCGGCGGCCAAUCAACCACCUCCAUCGCUUGACUUUCUACGUCAACGCGGGCGCGACGCUACCAAAGCAAAGUCCAGUACGUCCAAGACGGAAUCUUUGGCUUCGGCGACGAUAUCGAAGGCUUCUCCGGCCAAAGUCGGUCCCGGUGCUGUCAUCUUUAAUGGCGUCGAGGUGGGCGUGGGUAAUGUCAGCUCGAGCGAUGCUGCACGUGGACCUACCAAAAGACCUCCCAAGCAGUCGGCCGAAGAAGGCUGGGACCUGGUCUGA